CGCCGCCGAUGAUCAUUGCGUAAAGUUGAGCGUUUUCGCCGCUGCUUCGCUUCUGUUGCUGUUUCAUUUUCAGUUUCAGUUUCAGUUGGCCGAUGGUGCGCUUACAAAACGCCGGUUUUCGGCGGACGCGUUCGCCUCGCUUUCGCGCUCCUCAAAAAUCCAGAAACCCUGCACACACAGAUACUCACGCACACUCACCCACACACUAAUAGCACAGGCGGUUGGGUGGGGAAGGUGAAAGUGCAAUAGGAAAGUGCAGCAGGGGGGCGGGAAAGUGGCCGAAAUUCCGGGCAGCACUCUGAAGCCAACUUUAGCAAUUGGAUGGCGUUAUUUUUGGAUUAAGCAGCGCCAAAUUGUUACAAACGAACGAACAACGACCGACAUCUAACGAUUAACAUUAAGACCAACUGAAGUAGGGGAAAGUGCUUAGGAUUCUUUUUAUCGAAUCGCCCACAUACCGCCAGCAGAGAAGAACAACAAAAGAAAACCCGAUAAGCGGAACUAAGUCGAGUGGAAGAUUUUAAAAAAUAUUUUUUAUCAACAAUAUUUUCGAAAAACUUCCAAAGACAUUCGAAGCAGUUAGAAAGCUACGAGGCAAACAAAAGCCAGCCAGCAAGCAAGCGAAGUUAAACAUUUCCAAAGGAGCAACUCGAUUCCGCAGGAAGAAGCAGUCCACAAAGGAAACAAACAUCCAUACAAAAUGGCCGCCCUACAACGGAAGCUGGUGCACAAGCAGUUCAACUCGCCCAUGGGCCUCUAUUCCCAGGAGAACGUGAAGGCCACCUUGAACCGCGAGCUGAAAGCCUUCGGCGGCGAGGGGAUUGAAGUCGACGAGCAAAUAACGAAGCCCCUGAACUUGGCCAACUCGGCCGUUCUGCGCGCCGUCGAAGAGGAAGAACAACAAGCCAAAUGUGGGGACCACCCCCCAAAAGAUUUUUACCCCAUUGAAAGGCAGAGUCGCCCGCGUCAGCGAGGCGAGGUGGAUGCACUGCAUCACACGCUGCACCAGCAGCUGCUCAACCAGAUCAAAACAGACUAUCUCAGUCACCAGCAGGACAUCACUAUCGAUCGGGACACGGUGCUGAAAAUCAACCGUCUGGCCACCAAACGGCAUCUGCUCAAGCGGGAUCACAGCUGGCCUCCAGCUGAGCAGGAUCAACCGUCCAUCCAUCCCGAACAGAGCCAUCAGAUCUCCUGCAGUCCCUCACACAGUAUUGAGGCUCUGAGGGAGAAGUUCCAGAGUCCCACCUUGGUAAUCGAACCAACCGCCAAAGAAGUGAGGGAGCAGCGUCGGCGGGAUGGUGAUGGUGGCUUCAAAGAGCGAUCCAAAACUCCCCAAAAGGUCACCGAAGAACGCGACCUGGCGGAGGUUUUCCAUCAAACUCCCUUAUCGAAGGGCUUCUCCGCUCCAGAAACCAAGGCAGCCGAUGUGGAUUUGGGUUUGGUGGCGCCGCGAUGUGAGUACUACGAGCAACUGGCCCACAAAAGGUCCACCACGCCAACUCUGCCCGCUCAAAUCACUCCAUAUAGGCCCAGGUACAAGAGACAGGCUUACUCCCUGGAUCGCGGCCGCUCCCGGAAGCGGACAGUGGGUGCUCCGGAACUGCCGCCACCUAAGCCGAGAGCCGCAAAGCCAAAAGUCCAACGGCGGUGCAUAAAACUGGCCACGGAGGUGAAGAUCUCCUAUGGCCACGACGGCGACAGCGAGGAUGAGCCCAAUUCUGGUCAAGAUGUGGACUUGGAGACCUUGCCGCUGCCACCGACACCGGUGCAGGCAGCUGCCGCAAAUCUCAAUCAAGCGAAGACAGCAGGCCGAAUGGUAAUUGACAACCUGGCAGUUAAGCAGCAGCAGCAGAUGGCUCUGGCUUUGGCCACAAAUGGGAUCAUCAGUCCGGUGAAUCCGAAUCUGAGUCCAUUGGCCAACACUCGCAUUGUGCCCGUGCGCGUGGAGGCAUCGACGGACCAGCUCAAGCUGAGUGCUCAGCAGAUCUACGACGACGCCUGUUCGUAUCUGCAGGAUCAGCAGGAGAUGGAGGACAUGCAGCACCGAGCCGCGAGUCCCACCUAUGUGAGUGCCACCGGUGGGAUUAAGUUGCUCCAGCGGCAGUCGAGCAGUACGCCAACCACUCCAGUUCCACCGCCCGCUACUCCGCCGGUCAUGCGCUCCAAAUCUGGCCAGGAUUCGCAGGCUAAGGAGAAGCAGACGAAAAGACAGGGUCGCAUCUAUAGCCUGGAGACAACUACGGAGAAGCAGCAUGAAGCCCAUGUUGAAAUUGCCCAGUUGGAGGCGAAGUAUGCCCACAUCCAGCAAUCCAUAGCGGAGCACCUGCUCCAGAUCGAUGCCUAUAUGGAGAAUGCCAAGCAGGCGCUGCAGAGGAGUGCCCAGACCACACCAGUAUCCACUCCUGCCCCAAUACCAGCUCCACCACCACCACCACCGCCUCCGCCGCCACCACCAGCACUACCCGCCAGACCCCUUAGUUCGGCGUCUAACGAAUCCUGGGACAUCUUCGCCCAUCGCCAAUCACCCAUUUUGGCCGUGGAAAGCCCACUGCAGGCGAUUCUCCGCCAGAUUUACACCCGGGCAGCUGGAUUACCCAAAAGGCUUUCCAAGGAGAUUAAGGAGGAUGCCGGUGCCGAGGAGGAGGAGGCAUCACUUACUGAAAACGUGCCCAAUGUGGAGCGGGCUCUGGAGGAUCUGCACAAGAUUGCGGUGGCACUGGAACAAAAACCGGAACCCGCCAAACUCAUGCACGUAGAAGUCCGGACAACGCCAGCUGUCUCUGAAGCGGAGCACGUAGUCAUCAAGGACGAGGAGCAGGACGCGGACAUGGAGUACAGACACGUAUCGGAUGUAAUUGCCAACUAUGAGCAGUUGGCCAAAAAGGAGUUCGAGGAGUGGAAGGAGGAGCAGGUGGUAAAUAGCGAGGAGGUCCUGCCCAAAACGGAGUUGAGAAAGGCAAUAGAGGAGCAGCUGGCCAAAAAAGGAUUAAGGGAAGGUAAAAAGGUACUUGACGUUAAGGAAAAACCGCUUACCAAACUGGAUGUUGAAAAGGCUGGCAAAGAGGAUGCAAACGUGGUAUCACCAGCCAAAAAGGAGUUGGUGGAAGACAAACCAGCUAUCCAAAAAGAGAGUGGAAAAGAUUUGGAUGCCAUGGAGGCCAAGGCAGAUCUUGCAAAGGAUGCGGAAGUGGAGGAAAAGGACAGAUCCUGCGGCCAUGGGGAUUCCUCAGUCUACUGCCCAGUUUGCGACGAAAUGCGCUGCUCACCAAACACUUGGGGUAAACUUAGCAAAGCCGAUCAGUGGCGCAUUGCCAACCUCCACAACGAACCCUUGAGGAACUACAAAGCCACCUAUGAGAUACGCAGUCCGUACAUCUCGCGUCAGAUCUCCUGGGAGGAUAUGCAGUCAGCCAAGGAAAGUGUGCCGCCCGAGAAACUGCAGCGUCAGCGGAGUUUCGUGGAGAUUGUGACCACACCAGCGACAGAAUCUCCGGCUCCAUCGCCACCGCCACCGCCUCCUCCUCCACCGAAGCAGUUGGCCCUUCAGAAACCGGAAACGGAAGUAACAUGGGAGCGAAGUCGUUCGCCCAGUCCGCUGCCAUCUCGCAAGUAUCCCGCUCCACUCAUAGAAGCACCACAGCGCUCCAGCUCCCCCUACGGCCUCAAUUCCGUCCAGACGAAGGGCUCACCAUCGCCCGUUAAUCUUCCGGCGAAAUUCUCGCAUGUGCCGCAGCUGGAAGGGCACAAUAUUGGACUUCUGGUGAAAACGGCCACGGAGCCACUGCAGCAGAGCAUGUCCGCAUCCUCAUCAAUGCUGGCUGCCACGCCCCCCGCCACGCCCCGUUCUGGGGCACAGCCCUCGCCCUUCGAAUUCCCAAGUCUCGAGUCGGCGGAGCAGCACAAGUUCAAAUCCCUGGCCUCCUUCGACGAGGUGCAGCGAGACUUCGGCGUCAACCGAUCCUUCGAUAAUGUAUCACCACGUCCAUAUCUGGGUAUUGAAGGCUACAAGCGCGUGGCCUGGCCACCGGCCUCCGAGGAGCGGAUCAUCCGGGAGUUCACCCCCCAGCCGCAGACCCAGAGUCCGGCUCCCGGUUCCGGAGGCUACUAUCCGCAGGGCCACGCCCCCACAGCAGCGGCUGCCGCUCCACCUCAGCAGCAGUACGGUGCUCCGUCUUACGAUGGCCAGCAGCAGCAGCCUGCAGCACAGUGGCAACAGCAGCAGCAGCAGGUUCCGCAGCAGCAAUAUCAGCCUCAAUCGCAGGCUCAGGCGCCCUAUCAGCCACCACAGUGGAACCAGCAGUCGCAGCAGCAGCCAUCGUACCAGGCUUCACCGUACCAACAGCAGCAGCAGCAGCAGCCAUCCUAUUACCCGCAGCAAAACGGUGGCUCGACCUUUGCUCAACCCCAAUACAAUUCUUAUUCGCAGCCCCAGUUGCCCUACUCGCAGGAUCAGACCGACCUGCAGCAGCAGCAGUAUCCGGGAGCCUACGCUGGCCAGGAUAGCUACCGGGGCGCCAGUCCCGGCAUCAUCACCCUGCGCAAGGAGGCUCCAGUCAGCCAGCAGCCUGCGCCAGUCUACACUUCGCAGCCAGCCGCCGUCAGUUAUCAGGGAGGCAGCAAAUUGCGCGGAGAUUUGAAGUGGCCACCACCGGAGUACAAGGAGGCAGCGGCUCGCGAGAACGAGGAACGACGCCAGUUGGCGUUGGGCCCCGUCUGCCGUCCCAGGAGAGUCAACCGGGACUACACACCCUUCUUUGCCAAGCACCAGUUGAACAAUGGCUAUCCCAGCUACAAGGUGCCACCAGGCACCCAGCACAUGUUCGGCUAGGUUUGGGAAGGCGACUUUAGGAUGCCUAGAACAAGAACAACAGCAAACAAUUCAAUGGAACCCACUUCACAAUAAUACUGAAAGCGAUCAUGUUACUAAAAAACGAAUCACUAACGAACCAAUCUAUAAAUAGGAUAUAUACUAUUGUUAUACUAAUCUCAAAUGACCACUAACGACGCCAUAUAUACUAUACAUAUAUUACGAAACGAACCCAUGAUAGGUGAAUGCAAUACUACAGCAGGUGUGACUCCAUCCCGUGAAUCAUCUUCAAUAUUUUCUGUAUAAUAGGUGCCUGAUGAUCCAACGAUCGGAUGGCACCCACUCAAGAUAAUACUAAUGAUGAUUCGUGGGCUUGGUAGCCUGAUCCGGAUGCCCGAACGGGGCGAUGGAUAACGAAAUUCUCCACGUACCCAUACUAUAUACACAUAUUUGGAGCAUGUGCAUAUAGUAUGGCUAAGAUAGGAGACCAUAACUAUAUGCCAAGCCAUAUAGUGCUAGAUUCUAGGAUGAUUGUUACACUGUUAACUAGCAAAUGAAAUGGAAACGAUGCGACCCAAGACGGAAAAAUGAUAAUGAGAUUGAACCUUGUCUUAGAUUUAAGAGCACUACUAAACUAUUUAUUGUGAGCAUAUUCUAUUUAACACAGAUCCCGUGCAGCGAUGAGCUCAAGGAGUCCGCUUGGUGGAACCACAUUCACUAAUUGACGAGUUCCCCGGUUUGAUGGCACAUCCUUUGGAGCCGCUCGCACGGGUUUCUCAAUGUUUAUGGUUUGAGUUUGCAUGCUUUUUGCUUAUAUCUAUACUAUAUGCACAUAUAUAUAUUUACCUUGACAUUGUUAAACUGCAAAUUAUAAAAAACCGUCAAUUGUCCCGCUAUAAGUAAGUUAUACAAGAGAUCAGGCGACCGCGCCGAAACAAAUCUGUGAGUUCCAAAAUUGCCAUUCAAGGACAUCAAAUUCAACGAGCUCGUUCGGAUCUUCCCCCCAAAAUGCCCCUUCAGUCCCCCUCCAGCCACCCGAGGUCGGCCCUUUAGUCCGCCCGCUGACCCCGGGCAAUAGUAUGAGGAUGCCUUAGCCUGCUGGACGAGCAGCCGCGGACUCAGUGCCCAGAUCUUGGUGGAUGGAGCUGGGAUGUGGCCGGGGCGAGGUCGAGGACGGGCGCAAAACUCUCAGACUUUACCAAUUACUAUGACCAGCAAUGUCUAUAUGCAACUACACUACGAUGUAUAACUAAUAUGAAAUGAGAAACUAAAUAAACGGCAAGUUUGAAUACUCGCGACGAGAACUA